GGAACCAACCUAGGUACGUACCGAUGUAGUAUGAUUCCAAAGUGGGAUGCAGCUUUGCAUCUUUCGAAUUUGACUUGGAGAACGAAAGAUCUUGGGGAAACCUCAAGAUCAGUCCAAUCGACAACAAUAUGUGGUCUAGAUUAGUGCGCCGGAGGGCGCUUCUACUGUUACGAAAUCAAUCUGCCUCUACAAGGAGUCAAAUCCAAAGAAGGACGCUGGUCUCGGCACCUAAACCCGGCGAUGGACCUCUGAUGGAGAGACGUCCAGACCGAGAGCUCCCAAGCAUCAACACAUUCCGCUGGGCGCGCACCUUCCCCAUCUUCCUCGCCCUAAUCGCCGCCUCCAGCGUCGCCAUCUUCAACUACCAGAAGCUCUCGAGCCCCAUCGUAGCCUCGACCUUGUACGCGCUGCGCACGAGCCCGCGCGCGCGCGAGCUCCUCGGCGACGAGAUCUACUUCAAGCACCAGAUCCCGUGGAUCGCGGGCGAGAUGAACCAGCUGCGCGGGCGCAUCGACAUCCGCUUCCCCGUCAAGGGCACCCGGUCCGCCGCCGUCAUGCGCUUCGCCAGCUUCCGCCCCACGCCCAAGGGCGUCUUCGAGACUACCGAGUGGAGCCUCGAGACUCCGGACGGUAGGAAGAUCGAUUUGCUGGAAGGGGAUGAUCCGUUUAGGGCUGCGCCCGCGUUCCCGAUGGAUGAGGAGGAGCGCGAGGAGGCGACGAGGGGGUUUAGACAGCAGCUUAAGUGAGGGGGUUGCAUGGCCCCUUUGAGAUACUGUUGUUGGAGUUAGAUUCCCGGGAGGAAUGUUGUGUUGGGGUGGUAGAAUACUCUACACGUAGCUGUUAAAAACUUGGGUUAUGAGUAAGUAAACUUCAUAGGCGAUAUUAGAACAUAUCGCUUC